GAAGUUGCAUCUGGAACCCUGAAAACUCCCAGACCUUAAUGUUUGCAAAGAGAUAGAAAAGACACAUACUUCUGGUUUUGUUGUUUUUUUUAAAAAGUCUUAUUACUUGGAGGUCUCAUUGAACCAGGACAGUGGUGCAAUUUUAUAUUUACCAUUUGUUUUAUCUUUUUCAAUGCAUAGUCAUCAAUAAGGAAAAAAUCACUGAGCUUUGAGCCCUGUGAGGAUAUUACAGCUCACACUGGAAUGGCAGUUGUGUGAGGAUUUCCUUGUGAAAUCUCCUAGUAGGAAAAGUUCUUGGGACAAACUUCAUUUGACCUCACCAUAAGGGAAAGAAGAGAGCCUUGUUGGACACUGAAGAAGGGACGGUGAUUUCUCCUCCUAAUCUGGGCCUCCUGUCAUGGAUGAAGAGACUCGGCACAGCCUUGAGUGCAUCCAGGCCAAUCAGAUCUUUCCUAGGAAGCAGCUGAUCCGAGAGGAUGAGAAUCUUCAGGUUCCUUUCCUUGAACUUCAUGGAGAGAGCACAGAGUUUGUUGGCCGAGCGGAGGAUGCCAUCAUUGCCCUUUCAAAUUACAGACUUCACAUCAAGUUCAAGGAGUCUCUUGUUAAUACUGCUUCUCAAUCUGCUGCUUCUGAAAUCCCAGUUCCAUUACAGCUUAUAGAAAGUGUUGAAUGCCGAGAUAUAUUUCAGCUUCAUUUGACUUGCAAAGACUGCAAAGUUAUCAGGUGUCAGUUUUCCACCUUUGAGCAGUGUCAAGAGUGGCUGAAGAGACUAAACAACGCAAUUCGACCACCUGCUAAAAUAGAAGAUCUCUUCUCAUUUGCAUACCAUGCUUGGUGCAUGGAGGUCUAUGCCAGUGAAAAAGAGCAACAUGGAGACCUGUGCAGACCAGGGGAGCACGUAACUUCAAGGUUUAAAAACGAGGUGGAGAGAAUGGGUUUUGAUAUGAACAACGCCUGGAGGAUUUCCAACAUCAAUGAGAAGUACAAAUUAUGUGGUAGCUAUCCUCAAGAGCUCAUAGUGCCUGCCUGGAUCACUGACAAAGAAUUAGAAAGUGUAGCAAGUUUCAGGUCCUGGAAGCGCAUCCCUGCUGUCGUGUAUAGGCACCAGAGCAAUGGAGCUGUCAUUGCCCGCUGUGGACAGCCGGAGGUUAGCUGGUGGGGCUGGCGAAAUGCAGAUGAUGAGCACCUGGUACAAUCAGUAGCCAAAGCUUGUGCCUCUGACUCCCGAUCGAGUGGCAGCAAGCAGUCAACUAGGAAUACUUCUCGAGACUUUCCCAAUGGGGGAGACCUUUCUGAUGUGGAGUUUGAUUCUUCUCUGUCAAAUGCUUCAGGAACAGAGAGUUUAGCCAUCCAACCGCAGAAGCUUUUGAUCUUGGAUGCACGCUCCUAUGCAGCUGCUGUGGCGAACCGAGCCAAAGGAGGAGGCUGCGAAUGCCCAGAAUAUUACCCGAACUGUGAAGUUGUGUUUAUGGGGAUGGCAAACAUUCAUUCUAUUCGGAGGAGUUUUCAGUCUCUGCGGUUGCUGUGCACUCAGAUGCCAGAUCCAGGAAAUUGGCUGUCAGCUCUUGAAAGCACAAAAUGGCUCCAUCACUUGUCUGUGCUUCUGAAAUCAGCACUUCUGGUAGUGCAUGCUUUGGAUCAGGAUCAGCGGCCAGUGCUAGUGCACUGCUCAGAUGGCUGGGACCGCACUCCCCAGAUUGUGGCACUGGCUAAGCUCUUGCUGGACCCUUAUUACCGAACCAUCGAGGGUUUCCAGGUCCUCGUGGAAAUGGAGUGGCUGGAUUUUGGCCAUAAAUUUGCUGACCGGUGUGGUCAUGGGGAGAACUCGGAUGAUCUGAAUGAACGUUGCCCAGUGUUUCUGCAGUGGCUUGACUGUGUUCAUCAGCUUCAGAGGCAAUUUCCUUGCUCUUUUGAGUUCAAUGAAGCAUUCCUUGUGAAACUGGUGCAGCACACCUAUUCCUGCCUCUUUGGAACAUUCCUGUGCAACAACGCCAAGGAGAGAGGGGAAAAGCAUACUCAGGAACGGACAUGUUCUGUGUGGUCGCUUCUUCGGGCAGGCAACAAGCCUUUCAAAAAUCUACUGUAUUCUUCUCAAUCAGAAGCCGUGCUGUACCCUGUGUGCCAUGUGCGUAACCUGAUGCUGUGGAGUGCAGUGUACCUGCCCUGCCCAUCCCCAACCACCCCUGUGGAUGACAGCUGUGCGCCAUACCCAGCACCAGGCACCAGCCCUGAUGAUACCCCCCUGAGCCGGCUACCAAAGACUAGAUCAUUUGACAAUCUGACCACAGCCUGUGACAACACAGUGCCUCUGGCCAGCCGGCGCUGCAGCGACCCCAGCCUGAAUGAGAAGUGGCAGGAGCACCGGCGCUCGCUAGAGCUGAGCAGCCUGGCUGGCCCUGGAGAGGAUCCCCCUUCUGCUGACAGCCUGGGGAAGCCCACCAGAGUGCCGGGGGGUGCUGAACUUUCUGUUGCAGCUGGAGUAGCUGAGGGGCAAAUGGAGAACAUCUUGCAGGAGGCCACCAAAGAGGAGAGUGGAGUAGAGGAGCCUGCUCACAGGGCAGGCACUGAGAUGCAGGAGGGUAAAGAGGACUCCCUCUUAGAAAAGGAGAGCAGGAGGAAGACACUUGAGGCCUCAGCCACUGGACUUCACCAAGACCCAGAACUGGGUGAUGCUGCUGUGAAGAGCCAUCCGGGCAUGAGCCUGCCUCUGUUUUCACAGGGUAUUUCUGAACAGCAGGGUGGGCACAGUGUUCUCCUCAGUUCUCUCCAGGUCCCCGCCAGGGGAGAGGAUUUUCUGGAGGACCCUGUGGAGCAGUUUCGAACAGAGGAGAAUACAGAGGGUAGGGAGGAAGCAGUUCUUCCAAUCCCAGUAGAUGCAAAGGUUGGCUAUGGUACCUCACAGUUGUAUUCUCUGCUGUCUUCCCAAGUCCAUUUUGAGACCAGAGGACCAAACGUGGAUGGUUCCACAGACAUGUUGGAAGAUAAGGUGAAGUCAGAAAGUGGGUCCCAAGGCCAUGAUAGACCUUGCCUUGUGAAUAGUGGCAAGGACAUGCUUCCCCAAACCAUGGAACCCAGCCCUUCAGAGACAAGCAUGGUUGAGAGGCCCCAAGUAGGGUCUGUGGUGCACAGGACUUCCCCUGGCAGCACUCUCAGCCUGACACGUUCCCCUUGUGCCUUGCCUUUAGCCGAAUGUAAAGAGGGGCUUGUGUGCAACGGUGCCCCAGAGACUGAAAACAGGGCCUCAGAGCAGCCCUCAGGUCUUAGCACCCUCCAGAAGUACCCCACACCCAAUGGGCACUGCGCCAAUGGGGAGGCUGGUAGGAGCAAGGACUCACUGAGCUGUCAGCUGUCUGCUAUGAGCUGCAGCUCUGCCCACUUACACUCGAGGAACUUGCACCACAAGUGGCUGCAUAGCCACUCAGGGAGGCCAUCUGUAACCAGCAGCCCCGAUCAGCCUUCCCGCAGCCACCUGGACGAUGAUGGCAUGCCAGUGUACACAGACACGAUCCAGCAGCGCCUGCGCCAGAUUGAGUCAGGCCACCAGCAGGAAGUAGAAACUUUGAAGAAACAAGUCCAGGAGCUGAAGAGUCGCCUGGAGAGCCAGUAUCUGACUAGCUCGCUACGCUUCAAUGGAGACUUUGGGGAUGAGGUGACUUCAGUCCCCGACUUGGAAAACAAUCUGGAUCAGAGCUGUUUGUCUCGCUGCAGCACAGAGAUUUUCUCUGAAGCCAGCUGGGAGCAGGUGGAUAAACAGGACACGGAGAUGACCCGUUGGCUCCCUGACCACCUGGCUGCCCACUGCUAUGCGUGUGACAGUGCCUUCUGGCUUGCCAGCAGGAAGCACCACUGCAGGGACACUGACCGUGUUGAUCAAACGUGGAAUUGUGGGAACGUAUUCUGCUCCAGUUGUUGUAACCAGAAGGUUCCAGUUCCCAGCCAGCAGCUCUUUGAACCCAGUCGAGUAUGCAAGUCUUGCUAUAGCAGCCUACAUCCUACAAGCUCCAGCAUUGACCUUGAACUGGAUAAGCCCAUUGCUGCCACUUCCAACUGAAGCUCAGUGACCUGGGUGGGCAGUGGCCAAGCUGCUGUUCCUAUGACAGGCCCACACAGCCUGGGUAGACUGAGAGGCCCAUGCUCUUUGGAAGGGGGGUGUGGAACAACCUGUACAGAGUGACAGAAAUUUGGGAUGCACCACUGGAUUGUAGAUUGAUUUUUCUUUCCGGUCCCCUUACUCCCUACCUUUUCCAUCCUCCUCCUCUGCCUUCAGAAAAGGAAACUGUCCCUUCGUUGUCUUAAUUUUUUUUUUUUUUUUUUUUUUUGAUGGAAGACCGGAGGUUGCCAGGCCCGCGGUAACUGCCCAGCUGCCUGCUGUCAGAUGACACCGAGGGAUGGCUUGUUUCUUCCAGGUGGGAGGACGGUGGUCAGAGCCAGGAGUAUGGAGAUAUGAGUAAGCAGGGAAGAAAGCCAGUGCUAACAAGCAACCACUCCUCACGCCACUGCCACAUCAGAGCUGGUUGGGAACUCUUUGCUACUGGGGAGGCUGGAAGCAUGUUCCCUAAGAGCACUGCCCUGGACCUCAUCUCCUUCCUGUGAGGAGCUGAGCCAGUUCCCUCACAGAUGGAUAAAUGGGUCUGAUGUCUGGAUGGAGGGGAACAUGGUAAAUGGCAUCCCCUUAGAUCCCUCUUUGGGAAAGGAAAUUGUAUGCUCCUUUGAGGCAGGCAAGGGGCCAGGAGUGGGUGGCCAUCAUGUUAUCUCCCAUGGGAUUUUAUUUUUAACUCGACCCAGAUUGUCUUGGGCUCUGUUUGCUUUCAGGGGGCUGCUUCCCUGGGCUAGGCUAUGUAGUACUUCCUACCCUCAGGCAUGAGUACAGACUGGCCAAAAUAGUUAUCCAUUCAAGGUCAAAGUGUGCCCUGAGCCCAGGCACACCUGAGUCCCUCAACAAUCUCUUCCUCAGCCAGCACCGGGAAAUCCAGACUCAGGGUUCCAGAAUUCCCCCAUUCCCAAACCAAACCAAUCAUGGAUCUUCCCUUUAAGGGGUAGAAUCAGCCUUUAGAGUUACAAGCCCCUGGAAAGGGAAGCAGGUCCUUUUACAAUCAGCCUUCCUCCUCCUCCUCCUCCUUGGAACAGGAAGAAGGACUGAACAGUCCCUCUUCCCCACUCCUGGCUGGCUGAGUGACCACUUGUUUGGCUGCUGGCCAGCAGUGAAGGGCCAUUUAGAGUAGUGACAUGGCCUGGAGGAGAUUCGGGAUACCUUUCCUCAGUGAGCUUUGAUAGGGUCCAAAAACAGCCUUAAAUCAAGAAUAUUUGUGGUGAAGGUGGGCGUGGGGAAGGCUGGAGAAGAGUUAAGUUUGUGCUUUGUAAUCUUGGCAUCCAUGUUUUGUGCCUGCUCUCCCUCUUGGGGAGGCCAUGCUUGGCUCUGCUGAAAGCUGCUAACUGGUGACAGGGUGGAUCAUGGUGAGGGCUAGGGGUAAGGUCAGGGAACGCUUAGGCUCUGGCCCUGCCCUCUAUUCCUCUUCUCCUUUGGUAGCAGUUCCCUGACCGAAGGGCAAGCUGUGUCUCAGGAAGGUGGCGCCUGUGCAUGCCUGGGUGUGGUUAAGGCAUGGCCCAGAAGCCUUCCGUGGUGCUGUCAGUCCAGGCAAAGCCCAGAGCAUCUGAGCACAUCUAUGACUUCCAGCAGCAACAGGUUGCUCAGAGUUUGAGUUUGGUGAAACAGGGUGUAUUCUUUCCACAUUCUGUGUCAUCUAGUCGUGCAGGUAAGGAAAAGGUGGUCUAAUUGAAGAUUGUGCAGUUCCUAGUGACAGGUGCCAAGAGGUUAUGAUACGGGUUUCUUGGGUCUGAUGUACAGUGUGAAUAAAUGCUUGCAGCUCUUAGCCCUUUUUUGAUCAAUGAAGCACUUUUUUAUUAAUAUUUUCCUUUGUUAAAGGAGGAACCGUAACUCUCCAUAGCUGUACAUAUAACCCUUUUCUCCUAAAGAGGAGUCAGUCAGUGCUCCUAUAUUUUUAAUUUUUUUGUCAAAGCGCAAGAAGUAAAUACUUUAGAAUUGUUAAAUAUAUAAAUAAAGUGAAUAAAGUUGAGUGUUCCGCAUGGUAGCUUUUGCUAACACUUUCUAAUUCUUUGCCCUGUGGUUUUUCCCCUCUUCAUCCUUUUCCCUCUCACACAGAAGUUUUUGAGGGGCUGCUGGCAAUCCGACCUUUGGCAAAGGAAAGCUACAGAUUUCCUUCCAACUCUAGAGCUUGGUAAGGACCCUCACUAUGAUAUCCAAGCCCUGAACACAGAGAUUUUGCUCCUAAAAUCUCCCAAGCUAAAAGGGCAAAGCAGUCAGGCAUCUGACCCGGCAGCUGUUCUUCCUUCUCUGAAGAGUUGCACAUGAGUAGGAAUUACAACUACCUCUCGCCUCAGGCUCCAUUUUUAGCUGCUGCUCUAAUCUCGGCAGCCAGCACUCUGGCCCCUUCAGUGGGGGAGUGGAAGGAGAUGUGGGGUGCGGGCGAGAGAAUGCUUCUGCCUGUUGUUCUCGGAUGGUAAGACUGUGAGUGGGCAGAGAGAACUGGGAGCAGAAACGGAAUUAGGUGUGAUUGGGUUACAGUCAACUAGAAGUCUCCUUCCUGCCCUCUCCACAUAGACGAACCUCUGCUCCUUAGCUCAUCGGGCAGGGCUGUGGCGUCUAUAGUCACUUCAAUACUAGUUCUUGUUCUUCACAGAGGUAGAUUUUUUCUUUCCCUACAGUGCUGUUGGGCAUCCCUCCCAUCCCAUCCCAUGGUUCUGUGCGUGAGAUACAUUAUUCCGUUCCUCCCUCAGGAAGGUUGGUAUUGAGGGGUGCCUGGCUGCAGAGUCAUCAGCCCAACAUCUGCGGUGAGUUGGCUAGGAUCCAGAGAGUGACCUGCUGGUGGCUCAGAGCCCCCUGGAGGCCAUCACUCUUUGGGUCAGUCUCUCUAGGUUCACUUUCUGAAUGUAUCCUCUGCCUAAAGUACACAAAGACAUAAGACCAGCUGAGCUGGUUCUAGUUUGAAAGCUGUGCCACCCAGCAGACAUUUGAAAACAAGUCAUUCUUCUGUCGAAGGAGCGGGCACAACCUCAGCUACCUUCAAUCCGCCAGGGAGCCCAGUCUGUGUAUUCAGACCAUGUUGUGAAAAACCUGAGUUUGUGCCAUAGCCAGCAUGUGUCUACACCCACACCCAGCCACUAUUGUUUCUGUGGGCUAGCUCCCAGCAAAUUAAAACAUUGGCAUGGCCUAGCAAGGCUGUUGAGAGCCUCUAAAUGGAAAGCUUCUCUGGGGGUAGAAUGAUGAAGAGCCAAGAUGGCUGGCGAGGCAGGUCCAGUGAGAAUCCAAGGCAAGGAAUUGCCCUGAGGGAGGUGGCUGCAUCUGGAGAAGGGCAGUUCUCUGAGGGCAAGGCCAGCUUGCUUCACGCUGAAGAGGAUUUUGGUCUGAAGCAACAGGGCACGAACAGUGACUUUGAGAUGCCAGGUUGUCUUCAUCUCAGAACUUUCCUAUCCUGGCGCACUCAUUAUCUUCUUUCUAUGCCUUGGCCUCCGUAACUGCAGUUCAAAAAAGUUACAGCUGCCUUAAUCCACUGAGAUUCUCCAGGAUGUACAGAAAAGUUUUCCUCUAGUAAUUUUGCUCAUAUGCUAACGUAAGCAAAGAGUAUCCUAUGAAUUGUAAUAUUACUUGGUAAGUGUAAAGGAGAAUGAACAGAAGGUGCUGGAGGACCUGUUAAAACAAUCUCUGGCUAUUAAAAAACAUCAAGAUGAGAAUUAAAGGUCUAUCCUGAUAUACUUGACUGCUUGCACAUGAGGCUAGGAGAUCCCAUGACUGUUGAACACUAGCCCUGACCUGUAUUGUUCUUUUAAGAAUGAGGGCUGAUUUGGAGGUGCUGUUGCAGGAUUUCAUUUAGCUGCUGCUAGUUCAAGUGACCUGUCCCCAGCCAGGGCUGCAGCUGUAUCUACCUGAUUGCAUUAGGUGAGGCCUUACAGCAGAAUUUAAAAUGGGCCCUGGACUGUGGAGCAAAGUGACUAUCCAUUUGAAGUUUUGGAUAAUGUGGUAGGAGUCCCAGCUGUUAGUCACAUUUUCAAGGAGGUUGUUCUACGUUGAGGUUACUGACAAGAUUUCUCAAGGGCAGGAGCAGAUGUGUGAGAGACUUCUAGUUCAGAGCUGACCCUUCUAAGCCUCUGACACUUAAACAUGAGUCCUGCUGUCCCUAGCACAUAAAUGCACUGAGGCCUUGUUCCUCUCGGGCUGGUGUAGAGUUCAUCUCCUGCAUGUUCUCUGCAGAUACCAGUUGCCUCAUUGCUUGAACAGGCCUCUCCUAGCCUAGGCAGCUGUUUAGAGGCAUGAAGGUUCUGGGCAGGGGAAGGGCAUCUUCUGAAAUGAGUUACCAAGUUUUUCAAUGCUGCUAUUUUAUUUGCCAUUUAAAGUCUUUUCUAUUAUAUCUAUUAGUCAAUUUUUCUUACAGUGCUCAUAGCAGUUGUAUUUGAAUUGUAUUUUCAGUGAAAUUUGUUUUUCAUUGGCAUUUAAAAUUGGCCUUUAACAGCUUUCCAACUGGCUUAUAAGAUUUUUUUUAAAUGAAAACCUAUGAGGCUCAGAUGCUGAAGUAAACCAUGUGUUGCUGCUGACAGUAGUGCUUGCCUGUUGUUGACAGCACUGAUUCUGCUGUAGCCUCGAUGACCAUUUAAGUUGAAUAAAUCUGUCAUUUUCACCCA